AUGAAUAAAACAAACAUAGAUUCUAUAGACGAUAAUUAGAAUUGUUAAUGCACAGAUAAAUAAUGUGUUGAAUAAUGUUAAUGUAAGACAGGAGGAUAGUGCAAAUGUACAAACUGUAAGUGUAGCAACUGUUAAUGUACAGAUAAAUAAUGUGUUGAAUAAUGUUAAUGUAAGACAGGAGGAUAGUGCAAAUGUACAAACUGUAAGUGUAGCAACUGUUAAUGUACAGAUAAAUAAUGUGUUGAAUAAUGUUAAUGUAAGACAGGAGGAUAGUGCAAAUGUACAAACUGUAAGUGUAGCAACUGUUAAUGUACAGAUAAAUAAUGUGUUGAAUAAUGUUAAUGUAAGACAGGAGGAUAGUGCAAAUGUACAAACUGUAAGUGUAGCAACUGUUAAUGUACAGAUAAAUAAUGUGUUGAAUAAUGUUAAUGUAAGACAGGAGGAUAGUGCAAAUGUACAAACUGUAAGUGUAGCAACUGUUAAUGUACAGAUAAAUAAUGUGUUGAAUAAUGUUAAUGUAAGACAGGAGGAUAGUGCAAAUGUACAAACUGUAAGUGUAGCAACUGUUAAUGUACAGAUAAAUAAUGUGUUGAAUAAUGUUAAUGUAAGACAGGAGGAUAGUGCAAAUGUACAAACUGUAAGUGUAGCAACUGUUAAUGUACAGAUAAAUAAUGUGUUGAAUAAUGUUAAUGUAAGACAGGAGGAUAGUGCAAAUGUACAAACUGUAAGUGUAGCAACUGUUAAUGUACAGAUAAAUAAUGUGUUGAAUAAUGUUAAUGUAAGACAGGAGGAUAGUGCAAAUGUACAAACUGUAAGUGUAGCAACUGUUAAUGUACAGAUAAAUAAUGUGUUGAAUAAUGUUAAUGUAAGACAGGAGGAUAGUGCAAAUGUACAAACUGUAAGUGUAGCAACUGUUAAUGUACAGAUAAAUAAUGUGUUGAAUAAUGUUAAUGUAAGACAGGAGGAUAGUGCAAAUGUACAAACUGUAAGUGUAGCAACUGUUAAUGUACAGAUAAAUAAUGUGUUGAAUAAUGUUAAUGUAAGACAGGAGGAUAGUGCAAAUGUACAAACUGUAAGUGUAGCAACUGUUAAUGUACAGAUAAAUAAUGUGUUGAAUAAUGUUAAUGUAAGACAGGAGGAUAGUGCAAAUGUACAAACUGUAAGUGUAGCAACUGUUAAUGUACAGAUAAAUAAUGUGUUGAAUAAUGUUAAUGUAAGACAGGAGGAUAGUGCAAAUGUACAAACUGUAAGUGUAGCAACUGUUAAUGUACAGAUAAAUAAUGUGUUGAAUAAUGUUAAUGUAAGACAGGAGGAUAAUGUACUUGUACAAACUGUAAGUGUAGCAACUGUUAAUGUACAGAUAAAUAAUGUGUUGAAUAAUGUUAAUGUAAGACAGGAGGAUAAUGUACUUGUACAAACUGUAAGUGUAGCAACUGUUAAUGUACAGAUAAAUAAUGUGUUGAAUAAUGUUAAUGUAAGACAGGAGGAUAAUGUACUUGUACAAACUGUAAGUGUAGCAACUGUUAAUGUACAGAUAAAUAAUGUGUUGAAUAAUGUUAAUGUAAGACAGGAGGAUAAUGUACUUGUACAAACUGUAAGUGUAGCAACUGUUAAUGUACAGAUAAAUAAUGUGUUGAAUAAUGUUAAUGUAAGACAGGAGGAUAAUGUACUUGUACAAACUGUAAGUGUAGCAACUGUUAAUGUACAGAUAAAUAAUGUGUUGAAUAAUGUUAAUGUAAGACAGGAGGAUAAUGUACUUGUACAAACUGUAAGUGUAGCAACUGUUAAUGUACAGAUAAAUAAUGUGUUGAAUAAUGUUAAUGUAAGACAGGAGGAUAAUGUACUUGUACAAACUGUAAGUGUAGCAACUGUUAAUGUACAGAUAAAUAAUGUGUUGAAUAAUGUUAAUGUAAGACAGGAGGAUAAUGUACUUGUACAAACUGUAAGUGUAGCAACUGUUAAUGUACAGAUAAAUAAUGUGUUGAAUAAUGUUAAUGUAAGACAGGAGGAUAAUGUACUUGUACAAACUGUAAGUGUAGCAACUGUUAAUGUACAGAUAAAUAAUGUGUUGAAUAAUGUUAAUGUAAGACAGGAGGAUAAUGUACUUGUACAAACUGUAAGUGUAGCAACUGCUAAUGUACAGAUAAAUAAUGUGUUGAAUAAUGUUAAUGUAAGACAGGAGGAUAGUGCAAAUGUACAAACUGUAAGUGCUAAUUGCAACAAAAAAAUGAAGAAAAAUGAAUUCAUAAAAUUAUAUUAUAAUUAAAAUAUACCAUCAAUUUAUUUAUUUAUAAAAGAUUUAAUCUAAUUAUAAAUUUAUAUCAUAAAUUGA